UGUACCAGUUCUGAGCAUAAAGUAACCCCCCAGUAUGCCAACCCAGCAGCUCUCGUCAGCAACUAAGUGCAAGGGGAAAUAGAAGAGGACUAAAAGUAUGAGUGUACUCAAGCACCCAUAAAGCAGAAUCAAGUUACAAAGAAAAGAGGAGGGCCCAUGCAAAUCAGCUCCAGGACACCUGAAGGGAUGCAAUCCCAGGGAAAGAGAAACUGUCCCUGUGCGGGGGAACAGAGUGACUGACCCAUAUUUUGCUCUCCUUUUUUCUUCAUCCUCCAUACUAUCCUGAAGAGUUUUGUGGUUGUGUUUUUUUAAAAAAAAGAAGAAAUCCAUAGAGAACUACAACAUUUUUUGUUGCAAUUCACACAACUUUUUGACAAGAGGGACACAAACGGUCCCCCGUCCUGCUCUUCAAGCCAUGCCUCCACAGGAGUUACUGGAUUACUCACCCACUUUGCGAAGAUGCAGCACCCCCAGAAGCAGUGGCUCAGAGCUGGGCAUCAAGUGUGUCCUCAUUGGCGAUGGGGCUGUGGGGAAAACCAGCCUGAUUGUGAGCUACACCACAAAUGGAUACCCAGACCAGUACCAGCCAACAGCACUGGACACCUUCUCAGUUCAGGUACUAGUGGAUGGUGCACCAGUCCGUAUUCAGCUGUGGGACACUGCAGGACAGGAGGAUUUUGAUUGCCUCCGUGCACUCUGUUACCCUGACAGUGAUGUCUUCCUGGUCUGCUUCAGUGUUGUGAAUCCCACAUCCUUCCAAAACAUCACAGAGAAAUGGAUCCCUGAAAUACGAACUCACAAUCCAGAGACGCCAGUGGUGCUGGUGGGGACACAGGCUGACCUGAGGGAUGAUGUGAAUGUGCUAAUCAGCCUGGACCGCUACCGCGUGAAGCCUGUACCUAGAACUCAGGCUGAAGGCCUGGCUGAGAAAAUUCGGGCUCAGACUUAUGUAGAGUGCUCCGCUUUGACUCAAAAGAACUUGAAGGAGGUUUUUGACACAGCUAUUGUCAGUGCAGUUGAGCACAAGGCCCAACAGGAAAAGAAAAUGACAGCCAAGGGAAUCAAGACCCUCUCCAAAUGUCGAUGGAAGAAAUUCUUCUGUUUUGUCUGAAGCUGGUGUGGCAGUGAAAAGGCCUAUAAGCCAGAACUGGACCUCAUACUUUUCCCCCCAGAAGGUGAAGUGAUGAACUAAUGGCUCCAGCAAGGAGAGCAAUAUCAGCCCAGGGAAUGUAGAGCCCCUGCAAUUGCUGGGUUAUGGAAGAACUUGCCCAGAAGACAGAAAGCGGACUUGUAUUGCGCCAGGAUACCAAAUGGUCCACGCAAAUGUUAAGCAGUUGGUAUGCUUUGCUACUUCAUAUACUGGAGUUUAGUAUUAAAGAACAUCCAAGAUUUAUUAUUUUAGAUAUACCAGGUUGCAUGGCCAGUUUCCAGAACCUCCUAAAGGCUUCACAAUACCUGAAUGAAACACUGAAGUAAAACUUGAGACGUAACAUUGAGGUUUAUCAGUACUUUAGCAGAUGUUUUCAAGGCAGAGUUGAAGAUAUAGGGAUUUCACUUGAGAGGCUACAUCACACAAUAAUAUGGUCUGCUCAAUCAAAAGUAUCACUCAAAGUUUUCAUUCAGUGCUGCUUGUGGAAGUGGAAUAUGUCCUCAGGAUACAACCAGGCAGGGGUUCUGGGACUUGGGUCCCCAGAUGUUAUUGGAUUACAGCUCCCAUCAUUCCCUGCCACAAUGGUCUUUGUGGCAAGAAAAUGGUCUUUGUGGCUCCAACAACAUUUGGGGACCCAAAUUUAAGAACCUCUGGAGUUAGAUGAAGGAGCAUUGACUGUGCGUCACACCCUUAAAAGGACAAAACAUUCCCUGAUUACAGGACCUGGAAAGAUCCCUAUGGCACCACAAAGCUAGUGUAAUUCAAGACUAAUUUUAAAGGACCAUUUGGUCUUCGCAAGAUGACUUUUGAAGUGGCCUCAUAAGUCUAGAUAGGUGGAAAAAAUAUAAAUAAUGUGUCUUGGGGGAAUUUUGUUCCAACAGGAAUGAAGGAUCCCACUGAAGAAUUAAUCCUUGGAAAUGUUACAUGCACUGUCCAUUCUUAUUUAACCUUUCCAUAUGAAAGCACUCACUGAAUCACUUCAAAACUCAUCCCGUGAGAACACAUAUUCUGAAUCUGAAUUCAAAUGUUUCUCAUUCAGUUUGAACUCUGAGAAAGAGUGCAGUCCUAAGAUCAUGCUUACUCAGAAGCUCCAUUGAGUUAAAUGGCACUUCACUACCUAGUGCUUUGGAUUGCAGCUUUGGACUUCUUUCUCCUACAUGUGCACCUCUGGAUUUAUUUUUGCCAACAUUGUGCUUCCUUCCACAUACAGGUGUACAAGUGAGGGCAUUAAUAAUAAUAUUACCUAUUUUUAGUAAAAUGUCCCCAGCACUAUACCAACAGAACAAGCACAUAGUGAAAUAAAUGAAUGUGCUCUGCCAGAAAUUUACUUUUGAGAGUAUUUGCUAUAUCACACUCCUUCAUAUCUCAAUCCUGACCUGUAGGACUUCAGUUCCCUCCCUGAAACCCUUUUGAAGAGACUGAUUAGUUAGUCUGUCUGGUUCUGCCAGUUUGGCUACAAGGAUUGUUUUUAUGGAACAUGAAAGGCUAGAGAGAGAGAGGAAACUAACUCCUCAAAUUUGAGAUGGAAAUACAACCACACACCCCAAAACAGCUGUGGCCCUGGUGUCAGUGCAUUUGAAAACCAGCCACAGAUAUUUUAAACUGGGUAUUAAAAAAUGAGAGAGGGAUGCUGGCAGACUGUUCACUUCUCAAAAUGCAGCUAUAGCUGGUUGCAAUGUAGUAAAAGAUAGAUUUUCAUUUGUUGAAAGAAAUUGUGUUGUCGCUAACUCAGUUCUAUGUCUAAAUGUGAAUGUCUCCAUUUAAAGAGAAACCUUGUGGAACCUAGUACAUUUGAAAGAAAUGUAAGAUAAUUACGUGUGUAUGACAAAAGUAAAGGCAAGAAGGAGACAAAACAUGAAGCUAGGGGAGAAAUGAAGAUAGGGAGAAGCAUGUGAUAGAGAGAGCAGAGCAAGAGGGAAAGAGAGAGAUGGGGAUAGAAAAAGGAGAAGGAAUAAGGGAAGGAGGAAGUGCUUAAAGAAGCUGAAAGGGAAAGAGAGAGAAAAACAGGUUUUUGUUGUGGAGUUUAAUAAUGCUGGCCGAGUUUUUUGAGCCCUAGGAAAGUCCUUAAUGACCUCAUCUAUUAAUUCUUUGUUAUACUUCAGAUUCAAAUGAAGGAAUGGGGAAAUAAAAUUGUUUUGUUUUAUGUCUUGCACAAAAAGCAAUUGAAAGAGUGAAUUUCUCCAUGCACCAUGAAAUCCCUGGCCAUGCUGCCUGCAGGUGCAAAAUGGAAGCCAAAGACUCAGGAUUCUAACCCUUUCCCCUGGUGCCGAAAGAGUUGUGCAGCAAGCAUCAUAUAGCCCUUGAGCAGCAGGGGUCUGCCUGGUCCCACACAUGGAUAGAAUAUGGAGCAUGGCGUGCUAAUGCUAAUGGAAAUCUGAAGCUCUAGAUGAGAAACAAGGAUGGUUGUAAAUAUUUCACUUUGCACAAGACACGGGAGAAAACAAAAACAAUGCAUACACUACCAUAUUAGUAGCAUGGUUACAUCUCUUGUGAAUCUAAAACUGGAAGAAUAAUAUGUUCAUGGGAAUAUCCUCGAAUUCAUUCAAAGCUUUGGAAAGUGUAGGCAGUAACUAGAACAGGAGUGGCUUUGCUUACUUAUAUUAUGUUUCCACAGGCACGGUGCUGUGCUGAAAAGGCUGUGCAGGCCACUGUAAGAAUCAUGGUUCUUGGGAUCAUUUCAAAUGUGAUGACACAAAUAGGAUUUCUGGGUAGAAAAAACACACACACACAAAACAUGGGUUACUGCAUAUGAUGACAAUAUAUUUUCCCAUUUUGCCACAUAGAAGUACACUGAGAAGCUGAGCCAUGACUUCCCAGCAUGCAUACACCUUGCAGGGCAAUCUGCUACACACCAUUUGCAUGUUGGAAAUUGGCCUUGUAUGAAGCCGUUCUUGAUCAUCAUGGCUCCCUAGUUGCACGGUACAGCUUUGCUGUAUAAGGAGAACACUUUGCAUGUUGGGUCUUUAUGCAUUUCCACUGUGUGCAGGGAAAGUGUCCUCGAAUGAGGCUGAACUAGCCUUGUCCUGAGGAUGCAAUCUCAAAGGUAGUAUCAACAGCAGGAGGGACCACCAUGCUUCCCUUUGCUACAGCAGCACUGAGGGAAUCGUGGAUGUUGUCGUUCCAUAUUGUAGCAUUGUACAGAUCCCCAGAUUCCUGGGAAAGAACCAGUACUGUACUGACUCCUGCUCCCAUUGCCCUAGAGACUGUGUAUCAAACCCUUUUUCAAAUAAAGAUGUUAUGUUUGAGCAUAAA